AUGCAGGGUCCAGAUCCUGAGGAGGUCAAACGGGCUCUUUUGGCCGAGCUCGGGAGAAGCAGGCAAGAUGAGCUGCCGUUAAGCAAUGUCGCAAAGCGACCGACGUAUCAGCCUCGCAACUUAGGAACUAGCCAUAUCCCACAAGCUCGAAAAGAAAAGCUUGAGAGCAAAUGGGGAACCAGAAUCGUUGAUGAAGAAAGUCAGCAAAUGGAAGGUCUGGAGCUUGGUAACAGUCGCCCUUGGGCGCAGAUUACCAAUCAGUACAUGGCACGCCAUGCAGUUGAAUCUGCACCGCCAAGGCUUGCGAUGGGAACACACCAAGUGAGGCCCUUCGCCAUUCCCAAAGCCCCCUCAUCGAUCAAAUCCUCGAAAGGUGCCAGUAAUGUUUUUGCACAGACACCACCACCCAUCUCUAAGCAAAAUGUGUCUCGCAAUGGUCUCCAAGUCAAAGCUAGCUUAGGCUCUAAUGGCCAGGGCCAGAAUGUGGACGCUUCAGGUAAAAAUCUCAGCAAGCACAAACCGACCCCAUCGGCUUCGCACCAGGUCAAGGAACACAUCCUGUCUCAGGGCGAAUGCGAGAUUAUCGACGAGAUUGACGGUUCACCUGUUGCUGCGAAAUUUGUAGCAAAGGUCCACAUACAGCGGAACGAGGGAUUGCUAAUGCUUAAACCAUCUGGCAAACCUGAAUCAGUAUACAAUGUCCUGAGCCUCGGUGUUCCAGCUAUUCAAGGGCCCUUUUGCAUUAUCUAUGGUGCAAGGAAUGAGCGCCUGCACAAAGUGAAGUUGAGAACUUCCGCCGCAGCGGAAAGUUUUCAGUAUUUGCUCAAGAGCCUCCAGCAAUCUGCUCGGCAGUUCGGUGAAACGAGACCAGCGUCUCCUAAGCCCACCCCAGUCGUCACUGCUUCCGAAAACAUACCAGCAAGUCCUCUCCAAACUCCAUCGAAAGCAAUAAUGGAGGCACCAGAAGACGUUCCAGAGACGGCUGAUGACAAUACAAGAGCCGUUCUACAAACGCCACAGCCACUUGAACUACCACUGCAGCAAGAAUCCCAAGAAAGCCUUCUUAACUUGGAGGAUGAACUCCCACAACAGCCAUCGCUGACCAUAGAGGCGGCCGCAGACCACAUGCAGCGCAUUGUCCAGCAAAUAUUAUCCGAGAUCACUGCUACCGGAGUCAACGUCCCCGAGAAGGGCGUUGAAGAAAUCGAGUCGACAGCAAUCGCCAAUUGGAUGGCACAGGGAUUCAUGAAAUCUGAGACAGAGUCUGACGAACUAAAGGACGAACUUGUCGAGCUCCUCCGACUACUCGUCCGUAUCAAAAGAAAGGUACAGUACAGGCAUGGUAUCAGUGCCGGAAGCAGCGACAUCCCCAUUUCGAGCGCAACGUUGCAAGAUCUGCAAGAGAUAUCCGAAAAGCCAAGCAAGCGGAUCAAGUACACCACGGCAGAUAUCAAGGAGCUGGAAAUGCAUGCCGUGUCGCGCCAGGAUAAGAUCAAGGCCUCGGGCCUCCAGGAGAUCCAAAGGAGAUCGCCUACACCAGUUGAACCCAAAAAGAUUCCACCUACACCAGUUGAACCCAAAAUGAGUUCGCCUACUCCGGAUGAACCAAAGAAGAAGACAGCAGCAAGUGAACUCUCGAGCCCCACCCCGAAAGCAGAUCUGUCGAGUUCUGUCACAAAAGCAUCGAGUGGACUCUCGAGUUCUGCUACGAAGGCACCAACCGAACUUUCAAACUCUACUUCAAAGGCAUCAAGCGGACCUUCACAGUCUGGCCCGAAGGUCCCAGGUGGGCUCGCCACAUCUCGAUGGGCCACUGCUGGCGGCUGGUCAUCUCCCACCCCAACGGCAGCGGCUGCGAAAAAAACUACCAUUUCCCCUCUCAAGGCUACGGCACCCGUCUUCGUAAGUCAGAAGCCAAGCCCAAAGGGUUUGAGCUCCUCGCGAUGGGCCGACAAACCUGUUGAAAACAAGGGUGCUUUUGCCGGCUUCUGA